AUGAAGUCGAGACAGGACGAAUCCCCACCAGAUUUCAAGAUACUACCAGGGCAAACGGCUCUAGAAGAUGAGACGAAUUUAAUCCCCCUAUAUACAGAAAGAGCAAUCUAUACCCCAAAGUAUAAUAAAGGCAUUAACAGGCUAAAAAACCCUAAGGA